UCACGCGGGAAAAAUGGCGGGACUCGCAGGAGGCGACGAAGUGAGUUUAUCUCAUGAUAAGUUAAGAGAAUACAUAUGUUCGGCAAACGAUGCAGUGCAUAUCAAGUUAGUCUCGCAGGAGAGUGAUUUGUCUAACGAUGCUACAACAUUUAAACCAGAAAUGUCUCACCAAGUGUUUGGAGAGAGCGAGAGAAUAUUUGGAUACAAAGAUCUCAAGAUUGAGCUGUAUUAUAGCGCAUGCAAGCUUAUAACAUACCUACACAUGACUUACUCAGAAAAAGUAGAUGCGAAACAGUUGGGUGUAGAGGCAGACAAUGUGUUGAAAGCUAUAGCACACCAUCUUCCUCCAGGCUUUUGCCAAACCCAGGAAGAUUUUGUAAUGAAACUUCAAAAGGAUGCAGGUUUUAAGCCAUAUGGACAGAUGCUUAGCUCGUACAAGCUGGAGAGAUGUGGCAAGCAGAAAACAUUCGAGAUGUACAAGUGUGAUAUCAGCUGCCCAGGCUUCAAGGAGUAUCACGCACGACUUCAAACGUUCAUCCUCUGGUACAUUGACGCGGCAUCCUUCAUCGACAUCGACGACGACCGCUGGCGAUUCUACCUACUAUUCGAAAGAUACCAGCAGGACGGACGGCCGAGGCACGCCGUCGUCGGCUACAUAACCGUGUACAACUACUACGCGUACCCGCAGCGGCUGCGACCGUGCGUCAGUCAGAUGCUCGUGCUGCCUCCGCACCAGCAGCAGGGUCAUGGCACGCGGCUGCUGCGCGCCGUCUAUGCCGACCUCGCCUCGCGCGCCGACGUGCUCGACAUCACCGUUGAGGACCCGUCCGAGGACUUCCAGCGCGUGCGCGACUACACCGACAGCAAGAUCUGCGCGAAGCUCGACUGCUUCGCGCCGGAGAAGCUCCAGGGCGGCUGGUGCGAGGAGAUGGCGAAGACCGUGCGUGAGAAGACGAGGAUCAAUCGCAAGCAGGCGCGUCGCGUCUACGAGAUCCUGCGGCUGCGAACGACCAACGUGCACGACGCUGCCGACUAUCGCGCGUAUCGACUCGACGUGAAAAACCGUCUGAAUAAGCCGUUCAGUCGAGACAAGAUGUACGCGGAGAGGAUGCAGAAGGCAUUCUCUACGGAAGAGGUGGCUCAGGCUGUGGGUAAUCUCAGCAAUGCUGAUCGACUAGAAAAACUGCAGAAGAUGUAUGAGGAGUUAGAGAAGGAAUACAGACACACGAUUGACAGAUUGGACAGGGCACGACUGUAAUUGGGUGCCAGGUAGCCCUGUAGUUUGUGCUAUUUGUGUGUGGAAAGUCGGACGAAACUCAUAAAAAUAUGUUGUCGAAACAAGUAGUUGCAUCCAAGUUAAAAGCUUGCAUGGAAGUUUCAAUGUAAUAGAAAGUUGUUAAAACAAACAAAAAUUAGCGUCGUGUGAGGUAAUUUUGGUAAACUCAAAAUAUGAAAUUGGUAUGAUGUAUGAAAUAGUACAUAAAAGUGACUGAAAUUAUUUAAAGGUUGAUGCAGAUUCUGUGAUUACUUGUUUACAUCUACUUUAAUUGUGUGUGCAUGCGUGCGUGUGCGUUCAUGCAUGUGUUUGUACGUGCGUGCUUAAUCAUUCAAUUAAUUGCUUAAUUGAACUCUGAUGGGGUAGUUUAUUUCAUUGAUAAGAACGAAAUAAACAAACUGAAUCUCAUUCAUGGUUUAUGACUCGGGGUUCCACUAGCUACACGUUAGAACUAUUUCAGUUGUGUCUUAUUGGGAAAACAUAAGUUAUCCUGCAGCAUUCUUCCACACGAGCCUCUAUAAUAAUGAAAUAUAGUGAGAUUUCAGAUAAGUAGAAGGGAAAACGUGGACGGUCUUUAUUUAGCUGUAGUAGCUCAAGUAAAACAGUGAAGUUAACUUGACGCUCCAUUUCUAUAAGGGGAAGGUCCAGAAGAUGAGCCCCUCACCAAUUUUGUGAUGGCAAAGUGGGUUUUUCCAGUAAUAUGUUGUGAUAAGUUGCCGUAGUUGAUAUGGAAUCAAUGAAGUACUUCAAAAUAGAAAAUGUAUACAGUCAAAAUCCAGGUCAACUGAUUAGUGUUAUAUGAAAGAAAUCUGUGCGGAUUGAGCUACCCUCAACUGUUUUCGAGUCACAUUCACUUGACCUCUGCUCAUAUUUUCUGGAUGCACUCACGUAUGCGUAUUAUCAAGAGCGCAUUAACGGGUUGGUAUUAUAUGUGCGUAUCAUGAACACAUUCAUAUCCAGUAUAGAUGUAGAACUAUCAGGAGUGAUUAAUAAUAGAUCUAUUAUUAUACACUCCUGGAACUAUGUAUAUUAUAUGUUUAUGCGUAUAUACGCAGUACAACGUGCGCGAAAAACUUUUGGAAUAUAGAAAUCGUAGUAUUCCUUCGAUUCACGGGCAAAUUAAUGUUAUGCGCACGCGCUCACGCACACGCAAUACCCAAGUACAGGCACGCGCGCACGCGCGCAAGCGCAACACCCAUACAGCCACACAUAAGCGAACACACUAUAAUAGUUAUGUUUUUGCCAUAGAAAUACUGUAUACUGAGUCUAACUACUACUGUAGUAUAUUAUUUCUAUGGUUAUUGCCAUGAGCAUACAAUUGUAUUAUUCUGCAGUAAAUAAAAGCAAUUUGUUUGUAUAUAUUCA